AUGGACAUGGCAGCAUCGUACUUUUAGAGAGAGAGAGAGAGAGAGAGAAAGAGGGAGGGAGGGAGAGAGAGAGAGAAGCGGAUUACGGGUACGCUUUAGGGGGAGUGCGGUUGUGCUGCGAUCGGCGGUAACGAUUUCCGCAAUUCCUGAUCGCGGCCGAUUUCGUCGGUUUUGUGAAGAUUUCGUCCGGUGCGUGUUCGUAGCCCGGGUUUCGGUGGGGUUUUCGGUUUUGUUUUGUUUUGUUUGGUUUGGUUUGGUUUGGUUUCUUCGCUUGCUCUUGCGGAUCACUGGGACGCUCGAGUUCGCUCGCUCGCGACUGUGAAUAUGGAGUCUACUCUCGUGAUCAAGGUUAAAUACGGAAGUACUCUGAGGCGCUUCAAUGCACGCGUGGAUGAAAAUGAAAACCUGGAUCUCGACAUGGUUGGCCUGAAGGCCAAGAUCCUCAGUCUGUUCAGUUUCCCUUCUGAUGCUGAUCUGACCCUGACCUAUGUCGACGAGGAUGGUGAUGUAGUGACUCUCGUCGAUGAUAAUGAUCUGCGUGAUGUAAUGAGGCAACAUCUGAAAUUUCUUAGAAUUAAUGUAUCUGUGAAUGGUGAGAAAAGUGGCAGAUCGUAUGCUAGGUCGAGUGGAAGUUCUACCCCACUAAGAUCCCCUCGGGGCCAGCAACCAUUGCCUGAUGUCAGUGCCAUUGUUUCUGAAGCUCUAAAAACUGUGCCAGAACCAAUUCGUGAAGCAAUUUCAAAACUAUCGCUGGACCUGGCUUCUAAAGCUUCCUCCUCUAGUCCAACAAUUUCGGACUUGAUCGACAGUUUUACGAAGUUGGGUCAAUCUUACCUGAAUACAGGUUUUCAGCCUCAGGUUGGUGGGAACGUGGGUGGUGUUAAUGGUGCCUCUGCAAGUAAUGGGGCCACAUCCAUGGCAGCUGAUACUGAUGCUGCGAAGGAUGAAAGCAUGCACGAUGUGAUGCCAAACUCUAAUUUUGGACACUCAUCAUCUAAGGAAUGCAAGGUUAUGGAUGAUGGAGGUGUUAGCGAAGGUGGGGUUGUGUCUGCUGCUCCAGUCCAUGUACCUGUUGAUCUUAAUGCCGACCUCCCUGGGGAGUCAAACAUUUCAGGUGGAGAGACAAAGGUGGAAGGCCAUAAAAUUUCAGAUGGAAAGGCACUGGUUGAGGUCCUGAAGGAAUUCGAGAAGAAACUGAAUGAUCAAAUCAGUGAUCAGAUUAGCUGCCAAUCCAGUGGGAAAACAAAGGUGGCAUUGGAGAAAACUUCAGGUGGGAAGGGGCAUGUGAAAUUCUUGAAGGCAAUGAAUAAAAAAUUAAAUGACCAUAUCAAAGAUCAAGUUAGCCGCCAGUCCGCUGCCUUUGAAGCAUCCACAAGCACGGUAGACAAUCCAGGAUAUCCUAAUCCUCAUCCUUUGUGCAUCCCCGGGUAUACAGUCAGCACCUUUCAACCAUUGCACCCUUUUGUAAAUAGCACGCCUGUCACACAGGGUCUAAAUACAAAGGUGGAAGUCCAGAACGUCUCGGUUGGGAAGACACAGGCUGAAGUCCAGAUGGAACUUCAGAAAAAUGCCAAUGGUUCCAUUCGCAGUGUCGACCCUGGAGCAUCCCCAACUGUGGCCAACACCACAGGAAUGCCAAAGCCCGCUGUUGUUGAACCAUUUAGUGGAUUGUCUCUUGCUGAGGACUGGUCUUCUGGGCAUGGUGCUUCCCGACGUCCGCAUCCAUUUAAGAGAAGCUCCAACUACGCUGAUUCCAUGGGCGGGAUAUUCCACAAGGGUAUUCGCUGUGAUGGCUGUGGUGUUCAUCCAAUUACUGGACCUCGGUUCAAAUCAAAAGUGAAGGAAGAUUAUGACCUUUGCAGCAUCUGCUUCUCUGGAAUGGGUAAUGUGGCUGACUAUAUCCGGAUAGACCGGCCAGUCUUGUAUGGAGCCUAUAGACUGCCAAGGCCCUUCAAAGCAUUUUAUGAUCUUCAUCCUUGGGAUGCAGCUCCUUCACCAAUCCCCCAUCCACUAAGAGGUUGCGGAGGGAAGUCUGGUAAGCCUAAGCUGGACAGUCGGUUCGUCUCGGAUGUCACUGUGAUGGAUGGCACUUUGAUGGCACCAUCGACCCCCUUCACUAAGAUAUGGCGUAUGCGCAAUACUGGAAAUUUUGAUUGGCCUCGGGGAACACAAUUGGUCUGGAUUGGAGGAGACAAAUUCAAUGACACUAAUUCAGUGGAAAUCGAGGUUCCUGCUCAAGGUGUGCCAGUAGAUGGGGAGCUGGACAUUGCUAUUGAUUUUACAGCUCCAGUUUCAGCUGGUCGGUACAUUUCCUACUGGAGGAUGGCAUCUUCUUCAGGACAUAAGUUUGGCCAGCGUGUUUGGGUUUUGAUUCAGGUUGAUGAUUCCCUGAAGGAUGCAUUGUGUGAUAGCCUCAAGGGCUUGAACCUGAAUCUGCCUGCGGAAAGUGAUGAGUCUAAACGCUCUGAAAUCUUAGACAUGAAUGUUCCGCCUGCUGUAGUUUCUGACUUCUUUGGAAACGACAACUCCAACACAGUCACUGAACCAGUUCAGCCGAUGGUUGAGCAGCACAACGAGGAGCAGGAGCUCAAUUUUCCCAUAAAUGACAAUUUGCUGGUUGGCCAAAGGGUAGCAGCCUCUGCUCCUCCCGAGGACUCUGGACCCAUUUCGUAUCCUGUAGUGGAAGUCGAGCCACCUGAAGCAAUUCCUGCUGCAACUGCUGCAGUUGUGCCUGCUCCUGUCAUUGCUUCUUCUUCUGCACCAUCCCUAGCCGUUGGCAGCGACACAGAGGCUGUGGAAAAGUCGCUUCUGAAGGAGCUGGAGGAGAUGGGCUUCAAGCAGGUGGACUUGAACAAGGAGAUACUGAGGAUGAACGCUUACAACUUGGAGCAAUCAGUGGAUGAUCUGUGCGAUGUUGCUGAAUGGGAUCCUAUACUCGGAGAGUUGCAGGAGAUGGGUUUCUGUGACAAGGAGAUGAACAAGAAGCUGCUGAAGAAGAACAAUGGGAGCAUCAAGCGCGUAGUCAUGGAUCUUCUUACUGGGGAGAAGGCUUGAUAAGAGUCAAUGAUCUGAGCUGGUUAUGUCAUCAUUCCCAUAAUGUUAUUAAAUAAAUAAAGGUUAUGAUGGACCUAUGAUGUUUGCUUCUGGGAUGUUGUUUAGUUCUAAGUCCUUAGUAAGUUGGAAGCUGGAGCUGAACCAUAUGGUAUGAUGAGAAUGUAUGAACCAUGAACCAGUUUCGUUGUCUAUAUUAUGUAUG